CCUCCCACCUCUGCUUGUUGCUGCAAGCCGGGUGCAUCUUAGCUGGCCAUGGAGACCCCAGCACAGCCGCUACACCUUCUCCCUCUGUUGCUGCUGCUUUGCGGUGAGUGCGCCCGAGUAUGCGGCUGCAACGAGACAGGCAUGCUGGAGAGGUUGCCCCGCUGUGGGAAAGCCUUCGCUGAAAUGAUGCAGAAGGUGGCUGUCUGGAAGUGGUGCAACCUGUCCGAGUUCAUCGUGUACUACGAAAGCUUCACCAACUGCACGGAGAUGGAGACUAACAUCGUGGGCUGCUACUGGCCCAACCCUCUGGCCCAGAGCUUCAUCACCGGUGUCCACAGGCAGUUCUUUUCCAAUUGCACUGUGGACAGGACCCACUGGGAAGACCCCCCGGAUGAAGUCCUCAUCCCACUGAUCGCGGUUCCUGUCGUGCUCACCGUGGCUAUGGCUGGCCUGGUGGUGUGGCGCAGCAAACGCACCGACCGGCUGCUCUGAGGGUCUGCCGGAUGGAAGGCCAUGCCUGGCAAGCCGGAAGAAUGUUUCCCAGAGCUUUGAGAGCUGGCAGACACACUUCUGUCUGAUCUGCUUUGGUCACACCCUACCUGGUCAUGCCAAAGUCCCCCUGACCAGGCUGCUGUGGCCCUUGCUGUCGAGCCUGCUGCCUAACCCCACCAGGCUGCCCAUACAAGUGUUUUGCUCUUUCUUGGGCUAGUGGAAGAAAGUGACAAAUCUCAAGUUUUUGUCCCAGGUGUGGGAAUCAUCUGUUGCUGAGCCCCACUCUCCCCAGGCACUGUCCCCUAGUCUGUAGCCAUUUCUUGGCAGAAUCUUGCUUAGCCUCAACCCUAGCCCAGGUCCUGACCCAUUUCUAGCCCUGACCCUGAUCCCUGCUACUUUUGGGCAGAGAGGGCAGGCAGGGAAGAUGUGGAAUCCCGAGGUCUUCUGUUCCAGAGACUGAGCACGCCCUUUGUUGGACUUGAAGGAUAUCCUGGGGACUGGGGAAUGGAGUCAUUAGGAGCCACAUGUGAUCUGCCUGUCUUCUAUGUGACCUGUCAUGAUUCUGUGUGCAGUGCGGGCUGGAGCUAUGGCUUGUUUAGCCCUUCAGUGACACCUACCCUGCAGAUAGAGCGUGAACCUCCUUCUUGAGGGGUAUUCCUGGGAGUAAGGCACACUCGAGUGUGCUCAGGGGUUCUGUCUGCUGAUGGCUGUUCUUUUUGAUUAAAGUGUCUCCUUACACGUG